AUGGGUGAUAGAAUUAAAAUUUUAACAGGUAAUGCACAUCGUGAAUUAGCAUCAGAAAUUUCAGAUGAUUUAAAUUUAGCAUUGGGUAAAGCACAUGUUGGUAAAUUUUCAAAUGGUGAAACCUCAGUAAUGAUUAGUGAAUCAAUUCGUGAUAUGGAUGUUUACAUUAUUCAACCAACUUGUAAUCCAAAUGUAAAUGAUAACCUUAUGGAAUUAUUAAUUAUGGCAGAUGCAAUCAGAAGAGCUUCAGCUCAUCGUAUCACUGCCGUAAUUCCAUGUUUUGGUUAUGCUAGACAAGAUAAAAAAGAUAAAUCAAGAGCACCAAUCACUGGUAAAUUAGUUGCAAAUUUAAUUGAAACUGCUGGUAUUGAUAGAGUUAUUACAAUGGAUUUACAUGCAAGUCAAAUUCAAGGUUUUUUUAAUAUUCCAGUAGAUAAUUUAUAUGCUGAACCACAAAUUAUUAAAUAUAUUAGAAAGUAUAUUCCAGGUGAAAAAGUUAUUGUAUCACCAGAUGCUGGUGGUGUAAAACGUGCCAAAUCAAUCUCUGAUAAAUUGGAUGCAGAUUUAGCAAUUAUUCAUAAGGAACGUAAGAAGGCAAAUGAAGUCUCUGGUAUGAUUUUAGUUGGUGAUGUAAAGGAUAAGGUUGCAUUGAUCGUUGAUGAUAUGGCCGAUACUUGUGGUACUUUAGUAUCCGCUUGUGAAAUGUUAAUUAGUAAAGGUGCUACUAAAGUUUACGCAUUAGUAACCCAUGGUGUUUUAAGUGGUGAUGCUAUUCAAAAAUUAAAUGAAUCCUCUCUCACAGAAUUAGUCAUUACAAAUACAAUUCCACAUGCUGAAAAAGCCGCUAAAUGUCCAAAGAUUAAAACUAUAAAUAUCGCUCAUACUCUUUCUGAAGCAAUUAGAAGAACUCAUCAUGGUGAAUCAAUUUCUUCAUUAUUCUCUGAUACAAAAUAA